AUGGAUACUUCCACGGCACGCUCAGGCCCAGGUCUCGAAGACCAAUUGCGGAAUCUGAUCCUCACAAACGGACCACCAGGUAGCCAAUCUACGGAAGAGUCCGCAGCCUCCCAGCCAACUGCCAGCCCAGGUGAUGUGAAUGAACACCAUAAAGCCAAAAAGAGGCCGAACCAAGCACAGCGGCGUCAGAUGAAUGCCCAGUUCAAUAUCCCAAUUGACCCCCGGGCCCCAGCAUCUCCCGAAAGCCAGAGACAUGGCCGUGGUCAUUCCGGUCCAGGAGCUCAGAGGUGGCGUAACCAAGGUCAAGGCCCUGACCCCAGGCAAACAGACUCGCACCAGCAUGGAAAUGCAAGCCAUUUUCAUAACAACACCAUGCCAUCGAAGCCCUAUGGGCAUGGUCAUGGCCCUCACAAUAACCAGUCCUCUUCUGGCUACUACUCUCCCCAGAAUAAACGUACGCAGCGGGGAUCUUUUGGCCAGCAAUCGCCUUCCAGCUGGCGCGGCUCUCAUUCUAGCCCAUCUCAGCAGCCUCGCAGACUAGUCUUCCGCCCCGAAGAGAUUGUGAACCAAUCGGCCUUUUUGGAGCAACUUAGCUUCCAGGUCGUCUCAGGUUCAGAGAUAGAGCGAGCCGAGAUUUCUGAGAAAGAAGCGUUCCGAAUGAGAAUUGAGAGUAUCAUCAGGGAUGUGAUAACACAGCAUGAGCAAACACUCGCCCAGCGAUGGGACUUUCCAUCUCCCUCAGUUGAGCUCAAAUGUUUUGGCAGUCUUGCCUCCGGAUUCGCAACUAAGGCGUCGGAUAUGGAUUUGGCUCUUCUCUCUCCGUGCUCGCGGAUUCCGCCAGAUGCCAAAGAGUCCCCUAUUCCUCGCCUCAUUGAGAAAGCGCUUCUCGAUGCUGGAUUGGGUGCCCGGCUACUGAGUCGCACCCGUGUGCCUAUCAUCAAGCUCUGUGAAAAACCUUCGCAGCAAUUGUAUGAUGACUUAUCUGCGUACCGCAAAGCCUGGGAGGAUGGACUUCAUGAUCUCCACGACGGACAAGAGGAGGAUGAAGUAGAGCCCGAGACACCCGGCAAUCCAGCGACAGAGGAACAUGAAGAACCGGUCGCAGAGUCUCCCAGAGGAGACAAUGCCAUCUUAAAAUCUGACGAGUUCGAGAUUCCCUCUCCUCAGGGUGGAGAGCCGCAGCGAUUUUACCUCAGGCAGGGACCUAAAGCCAGCAUCUCGGCGUACUCAGCUCUUGCAAAGCUUGUGUUACGCAAGGCUGGCGGGCGUGACGUCCGUGGAGCAACCUCGUAUAAUUUCUCCGACCACGAAUGGGACGUUUUGAGCAGGGUCUGUGCAGCUUUUGUGCGUGGUCUUUCUGACUCGGAGCUGCGACAAAGACUCCAAAGUUAUCCAUCUCUUCAAUUCAAAUCUGGGAACAAUCAGCCGGACCGACAUUCGAUGAAGGCAGUAUCGUGUCAGAUUGAGGGAGAGCAGUUUCUGCUUGACCUCAAUCGCCUCUGCGAGAAAUCCGGGGUUGAUAUUCGCCAAUUCCAGACCGACCAGACAAUGAUGGCCUGGUCAGAGUUACAGUACCGAACUGACUAUGGUGUCGACCCUGUGCAAUACACCAGGGAGGUCCAGAAUGCUUUAGAGAGACUGAGAAAAGUCCCCUUCAGCCGGAUUAUUCUGCUGGAGCAGGGGCCCGGUGAAACACCCACAUCGUAUCACAUUCGGGCUGCCAUUGCCCUUCAUGAACUCGUAAAGGAACCCGGUCCAGACGCUAAAAGCCUCGAAAGGGCCACAGUUGGGCACUACAUUUCAGGUAUCUCGACGCAUGAGCUUCGGCUCGCUCUCGAGGCCGAAUAUGAGGGAGCGUCACAAAAAUGGAGUCUUGAUACAGUUUCCCGCAGGCACAAGGCCCUCACCCUGGCUCGCGAAUUUGCCAGGACUCUGGAGAAGAGUGUUUUUAAAUCGGAAAAUGUUCCCGAUAUCCAAGAGUAUAUCAAGAUACUUCGGACACCGCCACAAAUCACAGCUGAUGGUCACAUUGAGGAUCCCGUCACACCAGAGAUAUCAGCAUUGGUAUCCCGGGUGAGAGCCGUGACGGACCCGUACGCAUUAACUCGUAAUCAGCAGAAUCAAAAGUACAAGGACCAAUUAGAGUUUCCAAGCUCUGGAUGCGGUGUUCAGUGUGAUAUCAACUUCUCGGCUCUCCUCGCACUGCAGAACACCAUUCUUCUACGCUGUUAUUCGCUCACUGACCCGAGGGUGCGACCAAUGGUGCUAUUUGUGAAGCACUGGGCCAAAAUGAGGGGUAUCAAUUCAGGCUAUCGAGGCACUUUGAGCAGCUAUGGCUAUGUUCUCAUGGUGUUACACUAUCUUGUCAAUGUGGUGCAGCCCUUUGUGUGCCCCAACCUACAACAGCUUGCCCCACCUCCACCACCUGGUAUAUCACCAGCCGAUAUCGAGAAAAACACUACACUUUGCGGUUACCGUGUUAAUUUCUGGCGCAAUGAAGAAGAAAUUAUGCACUUGGCUUCCCUGAAUCAGCUGAACAGGAAUACUGAGUCAAUCGGCAGCCUCUUGCGAGGUUUCUUUGAAUAUUAUGCCCAGAACAACUUCCUUAGCAACAGACAAGGCAAAGGUUUUGACUGGGGACGAGACGUUCUCAGUAUUCGUACCCCUGGGGGACUCGUUUCGAAACAGGAAAAGGGAUGGACUGGGGCCAAGACAAUCUACGAGCCACAGGGCGACGCCGCCCAGCCUACAGAGCUGAAGUCGCCUCAGCCCGCAACAGAUACCGAUACCCAAUCAGCAAAGCCCCGUGGAAAGGCCGGAGACUUCAAGGAGGUCCGCCUUCGGUAUCUCUUUGCCAUUGAAGACCCGUUUGAACUCGAUCAUAAUGUUGCUCGGACCGUCACACAUAACGGCAUCGUCUCCAUUCGUGAUGAGUUCCGGCGGGCGUGGCGGAUAAUCAAGCAAUCCGGAUGCGGGGCAAUCAAUGAAGACCUCUUGCAGAACUGCCAAGAUGAGCAGCAGCAGCCGCAACAGCAGCAAUCACCCGAGGGGGCUACAGUUUCACUUUCAGACGUCAUGCUUGACAUCCAUGGUCCUGGAAUAUUUGAAGAUCAAAAGUGA